GAUUAUCAGCUGUAUAAAAAGCCGUCUGAAAGUUUGACUAUUUCACUCCUUAGGUUUCACUGCUGGACCAGUCACUUGUUUCUUCUACUCACACAGAAGGGUGUCCAUCGGGUUUUGUCCACAAAGAAAAAGAAAACAUGGUGGUCUACACACUGACAGUAUACACUGGAGACAGGGUUUUAGCAGGUACCUCUAACAUCAUCUAUGUGCUUCUUCGUGGGACUGAGGGCGCAAGUGAAGAAACCCAACUGAGUGAUUGUAAAUUACUUCCAAGAUCGGUGCACCAGUAUGACGUCCAUUGUGCUGCAUCACUGGGAGACCUCAUCACGAUGGAGAUGCACUCCAAGACAUUCCUCAUCCCUGAAAACGACUGGUUCUGUGACAAGAUCUCUGUGAUGACCCCCGAGGGUGAUACGCAUUUGUUUCCAAUGUACCGCUGGCUUGACGACAAAACAAGGGUGUUUUUAAGACCUGCCACAGCGAAAUUCCAAUUCCAGGACACUCAUCCGAUAGCCCAGAGACAAAGGAUGAGGGCGCUGGAGGAGUCUCGUAGGAACUUCAGAUGGAGGGUGUACGUUGAGGGUUUGCCUCAAACUGUCGAUGCUGACGAAGCCAGUGAUCUUCCUGCAGAGGUUCGGUUCUCGUUCUCCGAGCCCAUUGAAUCUUCUUGGAAUGUGGCUAAAGGAUCAGUUUCAUUGAUGCUAAAACAUUUAGGUGAUUCAACAGAACAGUGGAAAAGCUACAGUGACAUGAAUCAAGCCUUCUGUGAACCGAGAAGCCCCACCUACGAGUACGUUCGGAACCACUGGGCAGAGGACGAGUUCUUUGGCUACCAGUUUCUGAAUGGCAUCAACCCAAUGAUGAUCGAGCGCUGCUCAAAGCUGCCAGAGAACUUCCCCGUCACAGAGGAGAUGGUCAAAGACUCCCUGAGAGGAAGCACCUUGAAGCAGGAGAUGCAGAAUGGGCAUAUCUUCCUGUGUGACUACAAGAUCUUGGAUGGACUGAUCGGAAAUGAAGUCCAUGGCAGGCAGCAGUUUCUCACUGCUCCAUUGGUCUUACUCUACAACAUCCCAGAGGGAUUGAUGCUGCCCAUCGCCAUUCAGUUAAUGCAAAAGCCCGGAACUGAGAACCCCAUCUUUCUCCCCACUGACUUGGAGCAUGACUGGCUUCUGGCCAAGAUCUUUGUCCGAAAUGCGGAGUUUGCCCUUCACGAGGUCCACUUCCACCUGCUGAGAACUCACCUGCUGGCAGAAGUGUUCACCAUGGCAACAUUACGCAACCUUCCCUCCAUGCACCCGCUCUUUAAGCUCCUGUUUCCCCAUAUUCGAUACACACUCCAUAUCAACAUCAUGGCGCGGAAUAAGCUGAUAUCCAAGGAAGGACACUUCUCAAAGUAUACAGCAGUAGGUGGAGAUUCAUUGCCAAAGUUGCUGAGGCUUGCGACUGCCUCCCUGACCUACAGCUCCCUCUGUCUGCCUGAGAACAUCUCUGAUAGGGGCCUGGGGGACGUUCCCAACUACUACUACAGAGAGGAUGGCACUAAACUGUGGAACAUCAUAGACAAAUUCGUUGAGGGGGUCUUGACGCACUUCUACAAAUCUGAUCACUGUGUCCAGAGGGACAACGAGCUUCAGCAGUGGAUCCGUGAGAUUUUUGCCAACGGAUUCUUGGAAAACAAAAGCACAGGAAUACCACAGUCCUUUAACACAAUGAAAGAUCUCAUCAAGUUUGUCACCAUGGUGAUUUUCACUGUGUCAGGCCAGCAUGCUUCUGUCAACACUGGCCAGUUUGACUUUGGCGGCUGGAUGCCCAACUUCCCCAGUGCCCUUAGAAAGCCCCCUCCCAAACACAAAGGCCAGACCACUGAGGACAUCAUCCUGGAGACCCUACCUGAUAUGGGCACCACUGUGAACACAGUGAAUGUCUUGAAAACGCUGUCCGGGGAUUCUUUCGACCAUUAUCCACUGGGGUCUUUCCAUGAAGAAUGGUUUGAGGAGGAAGUCCCUUGCAAGCUCAUGAAGAAGUUUAAGGAGGACCUGAAGUCACUGUCAGGCCUCAUUAAGAAGAGGAACGCCGAACUUGAGCUGCCCUAUACCUUCCUGGACCCUGAUUAUGUGGACAACAGUGUGGCCAUCUGAGAUGAUUCACCCUGCUGCUGGGAAGAGUGCUGUGCCAUGUUGUGUCUGCUCAUCACCAUCAGUUUAGAUUUGAUGGAUUUGAUUUAAAGUCUUUUUACCCCAUGUUACGUCCUCCUGCCCCUAGGGGUCACUGUUUUCCCUUGUUCCUAUUUCU